AGAACAAAAUAGAAGAAAGAGAGAGAGAGAGAGAGAGAGAGAGAGAGAGGUCGGAAUGGGGCAGUCGAGCGGCUCCGUAUCCAUAGACGUGGAGGGGGUCUUGUUCGGCGGCGAGGAGCAUAUCAUACAAACCCGCCAUGGCUUGGUAUCUGUUACAGUAUUUGGAGAUCAAGAGAAGACUGCACUCGUUACUUAUCCAGAUGUAGCUUUAAAUUAUAUGUCCUGCUUUCAAGGAUUGUUUUUUUGCCCUGAAGCUGCUUCUCUACUUCUUCACAAUUUCUGCAUAUAUAACAUCAAUCCUCCAGGGCAUGAGUUAGGUGCUGCUCCAAUUUCUUUUGAUAUCCCAAUUCCUUCCAUUGAUGACUUAGCAGAUCAGGUCGCUGAUGUUCUUGAUUUCUUUGGAUUGGGUCCAGUGAUGUGUUUAGGAGCCAUCGCCGGUGCUCAUGUUCUCACUGUUUUUGCUAUAAAAUAUAGAAAGCGAGUUCUUGGUUUGCUACUCAUCUCACCUUUAAGUAAGGCACCUUCUUGGACGGAAUGGUUUUACAAUAAGGCAAUGUCUAAUUUACUCUACUACUAUGGAAUGUGUGGCUUGACAAAAGAAUGCUUACUUCAGAGAUAUUUUAGCAAGGGAGUUCGAGGCAGUAGACAGGCCCGGGAGUCCGAUACUGUACAGGCCUGUAGAAGAUUUCUAAAUGAAAGACAAAGCACAAAUGUGUGGAGAUUUCUUGAGUCAAUUAACAGGAGAAAUGACAUAACUGAAGUAUUGAAAAAACUACAAUGCCGAACACUGAUAAUUGCAGGCGAGAACUCUAUGUUCCAUUCUGAAGCUACCCACAUGAGCUCGAGAUUGAAUCAAAGAUAUUGUGCAUUUGUAGAGGUCAAAGCUUGUGGAUCAUUGGUCACGGAGGAGCAACCGCAUGCAAUGCUAAUACCAAUGGAAUACUUCUUCGCUUGGUAUGGGUUCUUCAGACCAUGCCAGUUCAUUGGGAGCCCGAGGAGUCCCCUAAGUCCAUUGUGCAUCUCCCCGGAGCUUUUGUCGCCGGAGAGCAUGGGUGUGAAGCUUAAGCCAAUAAAGACUAAGGUCUCUGUAUAAGUUUUAAGAGUACUGAUAAAGGUGUGUGGAAAGUGGUUUCCUUGCUGUUUCGGACUUUUUGUAGAUACUAGGAGGAUGAGAUACCAGCAAAUACUAUCAGAUUCAGUUGUAGUCAGAACAAUCAUAUGUACAUCGACAUUAUUUAUGAACUGAUUAAAAUAAAGAAAAGAUGUUCAUGAUUCUCAUGUUCAUCCUUUUCUUUUUA